CCGAAAUACAGAGCCGGGCACAGAGAUGGAGGAGAAGGACUACAGCGAGACGGACGGGCUCUCUGACAAAACAACCCCCAGCAAGACCCAGAAGUCACCCCAGAAAACCACCAAGAAAGUGAAGAGUGCCCUCUGCAGAGUGACCCUGCUCGAUGCCUCCGAGUACGAAUGCGAGGUGGAGAAGCACGCCCGAGGCCAGGUCCUCUUCGACAUGGUAUGUGAGCACCUCAACCUCCUGGAGAAGGACUACUUCGGCCUCACCUUCUGUGACUCGGACAGCCAGAAGAACUGGCUGGACCCCUCCAAGGAGAUCAAGAAGCAGAUCCGCAGCGGGCCCUGGAACUUCGCCUUCACUGUGAAGUUUUACCCUCCGGACCCUGCCCAGCUCAUGGAGGACAUCACAAGAUACUACCUGUGCCUGCAGCUCCGUGCGGACAUCAUCACGGGGCGCCUGCCCUGCUCCUUUGUCACACAUGCCUUGCUGGGCUCCUACGCCGUGCAGGCUGAGCUGGGCGACUAUGAUACCGAGGAGCAUGUGGGCAACUAUGUCAGCGAGCUCCGCUUUGCCCCCAACCAGACGCGGGAGCUGGAGGAGCGCAUAAUGGAGUUGCACAAGACCUACCGGGGAAUGACCCCUGGGGAAGCGGAGAUCCACUUCCUGGAGAAUGCCAAGAAACUCUCCAUGUACGGGGUGGACCUGCACCAUGCCAAGGACUCGGAGAGCAUCGACAUCAUGCUGGGCGUCUGCGCCAACGGCCUCCUCAUCUACAGGGACCGGCUGAGGAUCAACCGUUUCGCCUGGCCCAAGAUCCUCAAAAUUUCCUACAAGAGGAGCAACUUCUACAUCAAGAUCCGCCCGGGUGAGUAUGAACAGUUUGAGAGCACCAUUGGCUUCAAGCUGCCCAACCACCGCUCUGCCAAGCGUCUCUGGAAGGUCUGCAUAGAGCAUCACACCUUCUUCAGGCUGGUGUCCCCGGAGCCGCCCCCCAAGGGCUUCCUGGUGAUGGGCUCCAAGUUUCGCUACAGCGGGCGGACACAGGCGCAGACACGGCAGGCCAGCGCCCUCAUCGACCGCCCGGCUCCCUUCUUUGAGCGUUCCUCCAGCAAACGGUACACCAUGUCUCGCAGCCUUGAUGGAGGCUCUCCCCCACGGGCAGAGUUCUCGCGCCCAGCCUCCGUCAGCGAGAACCACGACGUCGGGGCGGAGGGUGAGAAGCGGGAUGAGGACGGUGAGUUUGGCAGCAGGAGGCGGUCCGAGACAGAGGAUGAGGAGGUGACCACCCCAACGAAAAUCAAGGAGCUGAAGCCGGAGCACGAAACAACCCCCAGGCACAAGCAGGAGUUUUUAGACAAGCCAGAAGAUGUUUUGCUAAAGCAUCAGGCCAGCAUCAAUGAGCUGAAACGGACCCUGAAGGAGCCCAACAGCAAGCUGGUUCACAGGGACCGGGACAGGAGGCUGCCUUCCUCACCAGCCUCUUCCUCACCCAAGCAUGAGGAUGAAACACCAAAGGGAACCCCAGAAAAGGCCAGCGAGAGAGCAGGCUUGAGGGAGGGCACCGAGGAGAAAGCUAAGCCACCUCGGCACAGGGCUCCCGAGAGUGACACCGGCGAUGAGGAGCAGGACCAGGAGAAGGACUCGGUCUUUCUGAAGGACAACCACCUGGCCAUUGAGCGCAAGUGCUCCAGCAUCACAGUCAGUUCAACCUCCAGCCUGGAAGCAGAGGUGGACUUCACAGUGAUCGGUGACUUCCACGGCACUGCCUUUGAGGACAUCUCCCGGAGCCUGCCUGAGCUGGACAAGGACAAGAGUGAAAUGGAAGACGAAGGCCUGGUUCCCUUCCAGCACACUGGCAAAGUAGUUCCCGGACUGGAAGAGGAUGUCAAAGGCGGGGAGAAGGUCUCCCAGCCCAGCCCAGAUGUCUCCCAGCUAGAGUCAUCAGCCCCGAAAAUGGAUGCUGUGACCGUCAGCCUGGGGCCGGGCAUGAAGAAGCCUGAAGCAGAUGGCUCCAUUCCCCACCAGGUCGGCACCACAGACGCAGCCCAGGUGGAAGGAGGCACCCCAGGCAGCAGGGACACCUCAACCGCUGCUCACGCUGGCACCGCAGAGACGGCACUGGCGACCUCAGAUCACAUCACCAAGGCUGGGAAAGGGGCCAUUCCCACGACAGACCUUCGCUCCCUCUCACCGAUCACCAGCGGCUCCGCUGGGAAGGAAGUGCUCACCAGCAUAUUCAGUGCCACUGCGGAAACCCUCUCCACUUCCACCACUACCCAUGUUACCAAGACUGUGAAAGGAGGGUUUUCAGAGACCCGAAUAGAGAAGCGCAUCAUUAUCACAGGAGACGAAGACGUGGACCAGGACCAGGCACUGGCUUUAGCAAUCAAAGAGGCAAAACUACAGCAUCCUGACAUGCUGGUAACCAAAGCUGUGGUAUACAGAGAAACAGAACCUUCUCCAGAGGAAAGGGACAAGAAACCUCAGGAAUCUUGACCAACACGUUCAUGGACGUCGGCAUCUGUAUUCAAACCUGGAGAACAGCAGAGAAGGAGCCUUCACGCUGGAUUUGUCAGCAAGACAUAGACAUCCUGGCUGCAAUGUUCAUGGCGAGAGACAAAAAUUUUUAAAAAAGGAAUAGCAAAUAUAUUAUAUAUAUAUAUACAUACAUACAUAUAUAUAUAUAUAUAAAAACAGGAAACAAAAUGCAUCCUUGCACUGCUGCUAUAUGCUGGAAAUGAAUAGCAAACACCACCAACAACAAACAAAGCCAACCCUCUUUGCAGAUAAAUUGAAGAAUUUACUGGAUUGGUGAUAAAAUAAGAUUUUAAAAAAUCAUAAUAAUAACAAUAAUAUUCUUAACAAUACAAUAAGCCACCAUCUUGCAUGUUACAUUAAAGGAUACACAAUCAUGAGUUCAUUUGUUGCACACUGAAUGGAAAGGAAAACUGCUUUGCAACAAAGCAAGAAAUAAGCAAACUUAAAUCAAAAACCACAAGCAGAAGCAAAACCAUUCCCCACCUCUGGAAAGAAGAGAGAAAACCAUUGAAUUUAUGACCUUAGAGUUAUUUUCCGAUUCGCAAGUGUGGUUUCGCCCUUCUCCUCAUUCCAUGCUGGCUCUUUUGCAUUUUUUUGGGUUCUGUUAACUCUUCCCCUUCUGUUCCUUAUCUUCUUCUCUGUGCACUUGUCCAACCUCUUGUUCUCUGAAGGUAUUUAAGAAUGGAUUUCAUUUCAAACAAAACAAAUGAUAUGUAUAUGGUUUCUCAUUUAUAAAAAAGCAGCCUGUAGGGGUUUCAUAUGGAUGUGCA